AUGACGACGCUGGUCGACCUCGUCGUCGAGUUCCUCGAAGUCGGGGUCCACGAAUUCAUCUACGGCUGGCAAGUCUACCCACCAGAGCUCUUCGAGCGCUGUCAAAAGUACAGCGUGCCCGUGCACGCAUGCCGUCAUCCCGCGCUUGGCGAGUACAUUCACACGAUGCUUGAGAGCUGCCGCGCGUGGAUCAGGGACGGCCGAUUGGAGAAGCUUCACGUUGCAAUUCUCGCUGCGUCGGGCGAGGUCCUCGACACGUGCGUCUUCGAGGUCGGUGUCCUCGCCAGCACCAAGGGUGAGCUACCGCUUGUGGCGAUUGAAGAGGCCUUCCGUAAGGCGCUCGUACACAUUGCGUCGGCGCCGGCGGUAGCGGUCGCACCAGCAGGCACGCCGUUCACCAAGUCGUUUCGCUUGUACGUCGAUACGUAUGAGGAGAGCGCGGUGCCCGAGACAAGGGUCCAGGAAGAGCUUCAAAAUUCGUGGGUGCUUGCGCCAGACGAGCCGCACGUGCCGGGUCGGGCGCUGUACCCAAUAGCGUCGACAGCGUCUGCGCUUCCCUUGCGCCUCAACGUCUACGUCGUCCAAGAGCCGCGGCUGCAAUUGACGGGCGAGGCCAGUAGUACGGCAACGACGCCGUGA